GAAGGCAUACUACCGCUGGAGUGCCUUUGCUAUGGAACCCUGGAAUAGACCAUCCCUGUUAACAUUCUGUGACGGUCGUUAUGUGGGAGCCAUUCUAGACAGGAACGGCCUGCGACCUUCACGAUUCUACGUCACCAAGGACAACGUGAUGUACAUGGCGAGUGAAGUCAGUGUGAUUGACAUCCCCGCGGCAGAUGUCAUUCAGAAGGGUCGAUUGAAGCCUGGACGUAUGUUAAUGGUGGACACAGAGGAGCAGACUUUUAUGAGGGAUGAAGUGAUCAAGCACCACCUAGCGGCGCUCAGACCCGUCUCCAAGUGGCUCCAGGAACAGACGAUGUCUCUGGAAGAGAUGAGAAGGUCCUGUGACCCAGCAUCAUUAGUCCCGCCCACGUACAAGCUUAGAGAGACAACACACGAGAGCUGGCUACAGAAGGACCCGAGGAUCUCCCUGUUUGGUUACACCUUGGAGAUCAUUAAUUUGCUGGUGUUACCAAUGGUCAAAGAGAGGAAGGAAGCUUUGGGAUCUAUGGGUAAUGACGCCCCCCUGUCCUGUCUGUCAAAGUUUAAUCCUCUGAUCUUUGACUACUUCAAACAAUUAUUUGCCCAGGUCACCAAUCCACCCAUUGACCCCUUCAGAGAGAAGAUAGUCAUGUCACUGGCAUGCCCAGUGGGACCCGAGGCUAACAUUCUGGAACCAAGUGAGGAGCAGUGUCAGAGACUCUGGCUGGAACAACCCAUACUGUCACUGACUGACCUCCAGGUGUUAAAGGCGGUCAAUCACAGAGGAUGGAGGAGUAAAGUGAUUGACAUUGUGUUUCAGCUGGAAGAGGGAGGUGAUGGUCUUGUUCCGGCUCUACAGAACGUUUGUCAGCAGGCAGCGGAGGCCGUAACCCAGGGAUACAAACUAAUCAUACUGUCUGACCGUAAAACAAGCUAGAACACCGUACCCA